AGGAAGAGAGAUUUCACAACCCCGAGUCUUUACGCACGGGUCUUUACGCACGGCCCAGCGGUGACAGAUCCCGCCUUUAAAGCAGCUUGACGUUUGACACCACACUUGGACAGAUAGACGAGUAAUUAAACUGUACGCGAUGGAGUAAGCACGAGGACAGGGAAUACUGAUGAGAAAAGAUAAACAUGUGGAGGACUUUUCUCUCCGCGCUGUGCGUCCUUUACUUUCCGCCAAUCCGCUGCGUGUUUCAUGGAAGCUGUCCCAGGAAAGAGCCUCCUCCUGGUGUGGUCAUUGUGUCCCCAGGUAGUGAGCUGAGUCUAACAUGCAGUGGACGUGUGAUCGUGGACGGGGUAAAAGUUGUGUCCCCCAGCUUUCCUGCUUCAGUGACUCACUCCACAGUCAACUCCAUAACCCUCAACACAGAGCUCCCAAAACCACAAGAAGUCAUGAACAGGGAAAGAAAAAUAAUUCCUACAUUGUCGCCCUCCGAUGUGAGCCAGCCAAUCAGGGCCAAGACUGAGUGGAGUGCUGGAGAGGUGGACGACUUUGAGGAUGAGUCUGAUGAUGAAGAGAAAGAAGAAAGCAGUGUAAAGUUGGGAGUUCAAUGGAAAUGGAACAAUAAACAUUUGCAGGGGAAGACGCAGGAGUCCACACUGUCCCUGUCCCAUCUGAGAGUGAGCGACUCUGGACGCUACAGCUGUCAUCAUAGAGGCACAGAGAGGUUCUCAACAAAGAUCAUAGUGGCUGAGGCUGCAGAGACUCCUCAUUUGUUCUGUUACAAAAAGUCCCCAAGUAGCAAGAUCCGGUGUGAGUGGACUCCACAGACACAGGCUCCCAAAGGCACCAGUUGCUCCUUGUUUAUUCGCAAAAGUCUGUCGGGGUUGUUCUUCAAAGUACCGUGCUCCUACUCCACGUGGCGAUCUAAAUGUUGGUGUGCUAUGGAUCAUAACGAAGAGGACAAACGAACCCUGUACCAGGCCUACCUCUGUGUGUCCAGUAUCACCAACAACUCCACCAGCGACCUCCUCUCAUUCACACCUAUGCACAUCUUAAAACCAGACCCUCCCUACAAUGUGUCGGUGCAGCCAGAGAAGGGACUGAACCAGACCCUGGUGGUGAUGUGGAGACCCCCCUACACUUGGAAGCUUCAAGACCAAUUCUAUGCGCUCAUCUAUGAAGUCCGCUACAAACCCCUGAUGUCUGUGCACUUCCAAACAAAUACUAUCUAUGAGCAGACAAGAAGACACACCAUCACAGAUGCAGAGGCGGGGGAGCGGUAUGAGGUGCAGAUCCGAGCCAGAGAUGAGUACGAUGGGCAGUGGAGUGAGUGGAGCGCCCCGCAGUAUGGAAGAAGCUGGACAGGUACUACAGAAGAGCAAAAUGAAGAUCUCUUGGUGACAUCCAUUCCAUACAUGUACAGUGAGGGCUCGGGCUCUGGGGACUACUCCAACGAUGUGGCUAAUUCCAUGGACCCUCAGCAGACUGUGCCACAUCACUAUCUGUGGAUCAUUGUAUUUCUUGGCUUCUGUGUAACCAUUUUCGCAAUGUUCAUAAUAAGGUACAAAGAUCAGUGUGUGUCCAAACUGCAGAGCUUGCGUGCGUUGUCUCAGUGCAGUGACUCGGUGCACCCUCGACCCGGCCCUGCCCCGGCUGUGGCAAACAGACACGCUCUGCUCAACAAGAACCAACCUCUGGAUGAAGUGAAAGAAAGAAGAGAACAGGAACUGAGAACAGAAGACAGGACUGAGGCAAUAAACUUAAAUAACACAAGCUAUUUUCUGGUCCAGAUGGAAGAUUAGAUACAAGCAGCACAGCUAAAGGGCCUGUAACUGAUUUUGAACCAUGAGUCAGGAACACGUUUUAGUUUGAACCGUUAGCCUGUUCUGCCGCUGUGAUCUUGCACCAUCGCACAGAAAUGACUGUCUGGGAUAGUGUCAGGCAGUUAGUUUCCCAUGAUUCUUAGUGACAAUGUGCCUGAUUGGAUGAAAUAAGUGACCCUGUCAGUAGCUUCUGUAGUUGUAGAUACACAACAAAAUGCAUAGUCUCUUUUUUCUUAUUUAUCAGUGUUCAUCAUGCAUCAUGUAAAGAGCAUUUAUCUUGACAAGAAUAAAUUCAAAUCAAGUACAGGCCCUUUAAGGAAAUGUAAAAUUGUAUGUUUGUAACAUGAUUGCCUAUAAAUACGUUUUUGUAUUUUUUACAUAGUCUACCUCUGAAAUCCUCUGAAGUGCUGUGCUCUUGUGUCAAGCCCUUUGGGUGUAAUAGAAAAAGGGAAAUGUCUACUGCCUAAUUGUGUGCUUUUGCUUUGUAAAUAUAUUAUAUGAUUUUCUUGCACCAUUCCCCAAUGAUGCACCACUGGAGUUUCUUAAAGGUCCUUGCCAGGUUCAUAUCAAAAGAAAAAAUACACAGACAUCCUAGCCAGGUUGUGAGAAUUUGAAUAAAAGGAGGCUUACCUUUACCGUUUACACUGCUGUUAUAAUGUGUCAUUGCAAAUAAAUAUUGAAUAAAACAGAUGAAACU